AUGGAUUUUACAGUCGAAGAGCAGCCUUUGAAGGCAUGUGAUCUGUCUUACAGUUACACAACUACACCCCAGCCCGUUCCAAGCGAAGCCGCUAUCUUGGCAUCUGAGGAAAGCAUAUGUACAGAUCACAUGGUUGUUGCCACAUGGAAACACGGCAUUGGGUGGUCCAAGCCUGAGCUGAAGCCUUACGGUCGACUUAGCCUGCUGCCAACUGCUUCAUGCCUACACUAUGCCACCGAGUGUUUUGAGGGACUCAAAGCCUACCGUGGCCACGAUGGCAAGCUACGCGUCUUCCGCAUCGACCACAACGUUGCUCGGCUAAGAACCUCAGCGGCCCGAAUUUCUUUGCCUGCAUUCGAACCUGAAGAAAUCAAGAAGUUGAUCCUUAGUUUGCUAUCAGUAGAAGCAGAUCGCUGGCUUCCCAAAGAACAAGCUGGCGGCUUCCUUUAUGUUCGCCCAACUCUCAUUGGCACUUCGGCUCAACUUGGUGUUCAAGCACCGAAGGAAGCAAUGCUAUUCAUCGUCCUAGCCUACAUGCCUCGUCUCGAUUUACCGCCCGGGGGGUUACGCCUGUACUCGUCCCCAGAGGACGCGGUGCGAGCCUGGGUUGGUGGUUUUGGUUAUGCAAAAAUCGGAGCAAAUUAUGGUCCUUCUGUGAUCGUCCUCCAGGAAGCGGCCGCACGAGGGUAUCACCAAGUUCUCUGGCUAUAUGGCCAAGAUCGCCAAUGUACCGAAGCCGGAGGCUGUAAUUUCUUUGUUGUGUGGAGGCGCAAGGACGGUAAGGUGGAGCUAGUUACCGCACCCCUAGAUGACAAGACGAUUCUAGAUGGCGUUACGAGGCGAAGCUGCUUGGAGUUGACAAUACAAAUGCUCGGUCACAAGAUUGAAGUCACGGAGCGCAAGUUUACAAUCACGGAAGUCAUGGAAGCUGCCGCUGAAGGACGCCUUCUUGAGUCAUUCGCUGCAGGCACUGCCUACUUCAUUUCUGCUGUGUCUCGGGUCCAUUAUCAAGGGAAGGACAUUAACGUGCCCAUGGGCGAAAGCGGAAUGGGAGGGAACAUCACUACCGCAAUCAAGCAAUGGCUCACCGACAUCAUGUAUGGGCAGACUGAGCAUUGGUGGGCCACAGUUGUACCAACAUGUGCCUAG